CUCAUCUCUACACCAUCAAAACUUUGGAGAAAAUGCAGAUACUGCAAGAAAACUACGUCAGCAAUGGAAAGAUUUGGAUUGGUCUGAAUGACAUAGUGGAGGAGGGCGUUUACAGAUGGGAGGACGAUGAUAGUAUUUGUGAUGAUAGCUGCAAGGCAAUGAUAUAUGCACAAAAUGAACCAAAUAACUAUGGGAACAGUGAGGACUGCAAUGUGUUUAAUGCUAAUACUUCAAGGGUAAAUGACUUCCCUUGUAAUGAAAUUGGCUUCUACCUUUGUGAAAAAACUUUUUAGAACGUCCCUUGAAAACUAGUGUUAUAUUUUUAGUUCUCUCAAUAAACAUUAUGUUCUGAUGGGAAUGCAUUCAAACUUUGGAAACCCGAGGGGGUAGUAUGAAGGAGAGGUUUAAGACUGGUAAUUAAAAUCUGUGCUUUAGUGAGCGGUUUAAAUUGAAACCGGAAAAACGUGCAUUAAUUAGCAAAACUGUAAUUUUAGUAAUUCAGUGGAUUAUUUCAUAUCUAGCCUCUAUACUGUCUCGUAAGUAAUUAGCAUCAAGUUCUUCAAGUGAAAUUGUUGUGCAAGAUUUUACAAUCUGGUACAAAAUUUGAUAACGUUAUUUCUUCCACGCUCAAUCGCGGAUAAAGUUAAAACUAUAUAUAUAUAUAUAUAAGGAUUUAAGCCGCAUUUAUUGUGCAUUUUAUCUGUCAUUCUGUCUGUCCGUCGCGUUAAUAUCGAAAAAAUGGUAAAAGCUAUUAUAAAUCUGAUUAGCUUUAAUUUCCCUUCCAAAACAUCGCAAUAGUUUUAAGUCUGAACGCAAUAGAUUUCAGUACAUAUAAUAGAUUGUUCCGGAUGUUUAUAUAUAAUGUAAGAAAAAAAAGAGAAUUUCAGAUAAAUCUAAUACCGUUAAUAAAAUUGUUGGGAUGAUCUCGUAUGAAAAGUAGAUUAUCAUAGCCUUGCUGAGUCAAUUAUGCGAUUUCAAAUAAUCAUUUGACAUAAUUAUUUUUAAGAAAACAAUAUCCGGAACAACUUAACAGUUAAUAAAAUAUAAGUCAGUAUAUAGAUUUUCAUUUAG